ACAUGGCCGCCGUAGACCCGUUGGAGUCUCCAAAACGACAGAAAUCCCCUGCGGAGGAGGUGGAAACAUCUGGGGAGAAGACCGAUGCGGUGGAGUCAGGAUGCGGCUUAAAUCAGACAGACGAGGCAACACAUAAUAAACCCGCGAGGAGCCCCGCCGAUGAGCAGAGUGUGGGUAACGACGGCUCUUGUGUUGCCAGCCAUUCUGAGGUUAGUGUCGAGUCCGGUGCCGGAGCCGAAAAAACGACAUGCAAUUCACUGGAGGACUUAACAACGGCUGAAAAAAUGGCCGAGGCUCGUGGCAGCGACCGACGGGCUUUCGACUGGUCCGAAACCGAAGACGACGACCAGGAGGCGAAAACACACACGGGGGGAAAUGAUGAGUACGACCCCAGUGAUGCCACAGAGAGCGCUGGAGGGACGCAGCGGGACACGCACGUUGACGAUAAAAUGAUCGUUAACGCGGAGGAGAUCGAUAAGAAGGAAACAUCGCAUCCCGGUGAGAGGAGCGCAGAGACGGGGCCGGUGGGAGAAGUCGACGUGGUGGAGGAUGAGGAGCAGGGAGACAGACAAGAGGACACCACUUCGACAGCUAAGCCCAAAAAGUGCCGUUUGGUGUGCAAGGAGUGCGGCCAGAGGUUCACCCGCCGUGAGACGUUCAACCUCCACCGGCACUUUCACUCGCAAGGUGACGAGCUCAUGCCCCUCACCUGUAAAGAAUGCGGCCUUACCUUUCAGCACCGCAGCAGCCUCAUCAAACACAGAAAUGAACAUAAAGAGAAGGAGGAGCUGCUCCUUACCCCGAAGAAGGAGAUGCAAACGAAGGCGGAGGGUCGCUUUAAAUGUGCAGAAUGUGAGCUGGUCUUCUCCACAGUGGACAAGCUGAGGGACCACAACUGCUGCAAUGUCGUAGACAAGCCUUACCACUGCCCGCUGUGCCGCCAAGAGUUCCAGUUUAAGGUGUCCGUCACGAAGCACAUGAUGCUCCACUCCCAGGAGAGCAUCUUUACAUGCCAAGAGUGCAGUCAAGCGUUCCCCAACAGCUUGGCCCUGCGCUACCACCAGCGAUGUCACGCCGCCCUGAAACCCUACGAAUGCCCCGAGUGCGGCUUGGUUUUCAAACACUACUCCGUCAUGGAGGACCACCGGCGCAAGCACACUGACAACAUGCGCUCUCACCUGUGCAACAUCUGCGGGAAGACCUUCAAGUACAGCAGCCUCCUCCAUCAGCAUCAGUACCUGCACACCGGCCAGAAGCCCUUCCGCUGCCCCGAAUGUGGUAAAAAGUUUGCCUUCGCCCAGAACAUGAAGGCUCACUGCCGCCAGCACAGACUGAGCAAAAACAACCCCUCCGCCGAGCAGCCCGGCAAGGCAGCCCCGACGUCGGCACAUGAGGCGGUCAGAGGGCCGGGAAAAGAGAACGCACACCAGAGCGAUGAGCCGAAACGCACUUUCAACUGCCCCCUUUGUCCCCAGACCUACUUGUUACCGGCUAACCUGAGGGCCCACAUGCUUGUUCACGAGGCAGAGUAUGAGACGCUGGAGAGGACACCCAAACCCCCAAAGGACAAUAACAAGGACUGGGAUAAAGGACACACCUGUCCCCACUGCCCGUCUGUCUAUCGUGAUGAAUCUAGUUUAAAUAUGCACCUGUUGAGUGUCCACAAGUCUGUAGCACAACAUUUAGAAAAGGUGGCAACGCUACCUAAAAUUCAAUUCACUCCGUUAAGCAGUGAGAAUGUACAGGGGAGAUGGAGAAGCGAUGGCAUCAGUGCUAAGUCGUACAAGUGCUCCGAGUGCGGAAAAACCUUCCGCCACCGCUCAGUGUUAGAGCUGCAUAUGCGCAUACAUUCCAAGGACAAGCCGUACCAGUGCAAAGUGUGCGGAAAGGGCUUUAGAUUCGGUAGCUACUUGCAGCAACAUCUCAUCAUCCACACAGGCAAGAAGCCGUACAAAUGUCCCGACUGCGGGAAGGACUUUGCCUUCCUGCAGAACAUGAAAACGCAUCAAAAGCUGCAUCAGGAGAAACCGUUCCGCUGCACCAGCUGCCGCAAAGGCUACAGCGACGAGACCCAACUGCAGCACCACAUGUUGUCGCACAACGGUGACAAGCCGCAUAAGUGCGACCUGUGCGACAAGAGCUUCGGGUUGGCCUACCUGCUCCGGGAUCACAUGAACACACACACAGGGGACCGACCGCAUUGCUGCGACGAGUGUCACAAGAGCUUUUCUUGGUUCAGCAGCCUGCUCGUGCACCAGAAGAUCCACACUCGCAAGCGGCAGGGUUUCAGCCAGUAUAAUUCUUCCCUGCUGGGUGCUAGGAUGAGAGGCAGAGGCAGCAGGGGGAGGAGAGGGGGGAGGCUCAUGUGGGGCUGGUCUCGACCUUUGGGAAGUUCUGGGAUGGUCAGCCCUCAGCAGUCUCCAUAUCCAGUUUCUGCACUGAGAGACGCCGAGUUGCACAGGAGGGCGGUGCAGCCUCCCGUGCUCGCGCCUCGCAUGGACGUGCAAGGCAGACAGCCGAAGGAGCCGUGGCUGUCGGAGCUCCAGCCUCAGCCGGUGCAGUGGAAGGUGGACGGCGGAGAGGUGAUGCCCGUCCCGUCGUCGCAGCAUGCGGCUCCACAGCAGACCCAGUUUGACGGCUCACCGCAGCCCGUCCUGCAGCAGCACCAUCAGAGGGGUCCGGGCUGGGCGGAUAGCCCUUUGAUAACUCAGUCGGGCCCCACGUCUGCUCAGAGCUCAGAGUCAUUGCACAUGAAAGAGAGUGCAGCUGCUAUUGUCAGCUCCCUCGUGACAGCCGUGCCCAACAACAAAUCCAGCACGUCGACAGUGAGUGAGAUGGAGCAGCAUAGGCAGCACAAGCCUGUUACUUGGGGCAACACACACGCGUCCACGGUGCUCGCUUCCGCCAGCUGUUUGCCUCACGAUUUUUCUAUUCCUUCUUACAUAGAUGGGGCAGCUUUGUGGAGCAUCAGACCGUCUCUGCUUGCAAAUUCACAGAGCUCUCUGAAUAAGCUUGGUCAAGAGCUUCAGCUGCCAAGAUGGGCAGUUGCCCCAGUGUCGAUACAAAGGGAGCCAUCCACACCUCCUAAGAAAGAGGACGCUGGAGGGUGGGACAUUAGCAAUCCUCAAGUAAUGCCGUUGACUGUUAGCCAGCCAGAGAAGCCGUGGAACGGCUGUGAGCUGCAGAAGCAGUGGGUUUCAGGCCUAGCGGGUGUGUCCACCUCAGCUCAAAUAGACCAAAGCGGUGCUAUGUCAAUUUCAACUCCCGUUUCUCACGGGGUCGGUAGCACCUUGUGGGACAUACCGACACCACUGGGAAAUCCAAAGACUAUAAACCCUGAGAAAUUAGUAAGGACUCAAGAUUUUCAGCUGCAGCAAAAGCAGGUGUCAUCCGCCUGGGCCAAUGUACAGAGUCACGCCACGGCACAGAAGGUUCCCAUCUCCAUUCAAUACGAGCCUCAUCGUUUUGGCCACGGGUUGGGAACACCAGUAUGGGGCUUCCAAAGUAACCGAACGCUGCUCGCUGGGCAACUCAAGCCCGGGAAUGGACAGGAGCUGCAGCAACAGCCGAUGGUAACAGGCGCUCAAAUAAUCAUCAAUCGGCCGCCUCCUUUUUUCACACCUCCACUUUCCCCGCUCCCUCCUCUCGCUUUGCCCGGCCCGCACCCUCUUCACUCGGUCACACUUUCAAGACCCCCGCCCCCAAAUAUUUUUUUCACACCACAGGCGGUGAUGAGCGAAAGGCCACACGUAACACAGACCCUGCCCCUACCUCAGCUCCCCCCUCGGACAGAACCUCACAAACUCGGACCCCGUUUGCCUUUCGGACCAGAACGGCUUCUCCAGUGCAUGAUAUGUGGGUGUUCUCUUCCCCGGGAGCUAGAUCUACAAAUGCAUUAUUUGCAACAUGCACAAGGAGAAAUAUGACAUUUCUACACUAGCACCAAGACUUGGUUGUGUUUUUUUUUUAAAUAAUUUUUACUGAGUGGAACCUCAUUUAUUUGCCCCUUACUUGUGCAGUUUGACACAAGUGGAUAAAAAAAAAGAAGUAAAAAUGAUUUAGUCUGCACACUUAAAUCACAUUUGAAGUUGUUCAGCUCCAAAUUAGACUACACAGGGGGCUUGUUGUAAAUGGUGUAUACACAUGCCAUUACAUUAGUUUCACCUUCUUUUUAAAUGCAUAUAAGUUAUCCAAAUAACUGGUUCAUGGGGUUCUACGCUCUGUUUCAUUUAUUGCCGACGGCAUUUAGAUUUGCAUAUUAGUACUUUUAUAGUUCUGUUCAUAUGUCCUGAACCAUUUUAACUGUGUUUCUUCAUGUACAGUAUACUGUGUGCCUUUUAUGAGUACAGUCUGCAUGUCUGCUGUCUUGGUAUUCUAGGCCUAGUUUGUGCUUAAGGUAGACUCAACCAUGUGACCUCACUCCCAAAACACAGAGCAACUCUUUCUAAGAUACCUUAAAGAAAGUUAAGUGUUUGCUUUUGAGGAGGAGAGGAUGGGGGGUGUCAGAACAUAACAGUCCACGGCUGACUACAUGUUGGGAAGUACCUGUAGUCACAACGCUAUUGGCCGGGUCCGAAUAUUUCACAAGUAAAGUUCUCAACAUGGUCAAUUUCGCCAAAGCGAUAGUAAGUGGAAACAAAAUGUGACUGUUACAUGUAAAGGUCAUUUCACAGUAAGAGUUCUCUGUUAAUUGAACAGUGAUUAUUGAUAACGGGGAGAAAGUGUCGUUACAAAAUGAUUGACAACACUGUUAUAUAUAUAUAUAUAUAUAUAAUAUAUAAUAGUGAAUUUUGGAAUAAAUUAAACUUGCAUUUAUGUGAAGAUUUGUCAGUAAUAUUUAUCAAAUUGACGAGAGGAACUGAUGAUUUUAAACAGAUUCUGGGUGGCAGUACUUAGCACCUACUGUAAACCGAUGAGUACCAUGUAAUGUGUAUCUCUUUCCAGAAUGACUAUUUCAGAUUGGAAUGUACCCAUAUUUAUAAAGCGAAGUACACUUUUGAGUGCAAUGUAUCUUUUGUGAAUACUGAAUGAUUUCAUUUCAUAACUGUAGAUUUAGUACAGAAUCCCAUCUCGUCUGUUAUGAUAAUGGCCAUCGGAGUAGCUUUGGGGGCCCAAUAAUUGACUGAAAAUCACUAUUACUACAUUACUACUGUAAAAUAAACACGCGGUCCAUUUGUACAAAAAAAAGAACCGUCCCUGUGUGUCUUAACAUUCAGCGUCUUAAGUUAAAAAAAAAAAAACGUGCCCUUCUACCUCUAUCCACUGUUUUAGCAUGGAAAGAAAUAGAAAUUUCCCCAUGAUGUCUACAUAUUGGAUUGAAUAAAACUUGCCUUUGAUUACAACAUUGUGUUGAGCAGUACUUGUUAGGGAAGUUCAGGGUUAAGCUUCAACAUUUUAACAUCUGUAUUAUAGAGCACUCAUUCAUGCAAAAAGAAACUACAAACAAAAGGAUUAAAUCCUGGAUUGGAAAGUUUUUAUAUUUUAAAUGUUUUAUCUUCUACAUUUGGUUUGUGAAGAGAAUGGACGUAAAGAGGAGUGACAGUACUGUUAUCAAGUAGGAAAAAUGCAGAAAGUAUGAAUCAAGAUCGAUGUAGGAAAAUUGUGAUUAAUUUGGCAUUUUCUCUAUGAAAUUUAGCUUGUCUGGAGGAAGAACACAAAUGCUCUGCAGCGUCACUUUCAUUAAUCUGGUAAAUUGGGACUGGAAUCCCUCAUACCGAAUCCUAAUUAUUCAUAACAUGACUACACAAUCCUCAUAGCACCAAAUAUAAAAUGAAUUAAGUGUAUUUUACUCUUGUGGAAAACUAUUCUGUAACUAUAACAGUUAAUUUACUUUCUGUAUUUUAUUUACAUAACAACCUAAGGUGCCCAAAAGGACUGUCUGAAGGACCCUCAUCAGAAAGUUUUUAAUAUAA